UAAUGUCAACAUGUCACUCUCAUCUGGUUUGCCUUUGCUAACUAAUAGUGUGCCUUUUUAUUUUUGGAUUAUUUAGCGUUUAUUAAGUCAUUAAAAUUGUGAAUUGCAAAUUUUGCACCCUGGAAUAUUUUAAAAUAAAAUUACAAUGUCGGUAAUGGAAUUUUUGAAAGACUUGCCCUCGUACGACGUGCACAAUUUUACACUAUUCAACACUGACCAUGGUAUAAGGAAUUGUUCGAAAAGACCUUCAAUAUAUCUUCCUACCAAGGAUAUUCCUUCUGAACAAAUCAUUGUAACAGAAAAAACAAACAUAUUAUUAAGAUAUCUACAUCAGCAAUGGGAGAAAAAGAAUAAUACUUCUCCAAAGAAACGUGAUCAAAGCCACAUAGAACAAAAUGGAGAUGAAAGUCGACCACGUAAAAGGCCAUGUUUAAACUCACCUCUAAACUGAUAAUGUUCGAUCGGGGAAUCAUUUAAUUUGUGCUUCAAAUACAGACUUUAUGAACAAUGUGACAGUUUGGUAUUAACAUUUGUAAAUCACAUUUUUAGGUUAAAUUAUACAUUGAUUCUCGAAACACACUGG